AUGCAAAGUUAAAUAAAUUUAUUGAAAGAAAAUUUAAAUUAUUUAAUUUAAUUAAAUGAUGAUAGCUUGGAACUUUUGAAUCUGCAAGCUCUAUUUUUGGAAAACUUGAGCUUUUCUGAAAAAGAUAUAAAUUUACUUCAAAUCAACAAAUACAGAAAAAAAGGCUAUAUCUAAAAAUAUUUAAACAGGCAAAAUGAGGAUGACAUAUUAAGCAGUAUGGUUAACAGCGAUAAAUUUGAUGAAAAAACUUGUAUAAUUUUUGCAAGCUACAAUGAUGCAAAAACCUUAACUAUAAAUCAAGUUUCUUCUAAUUUUUCUAAUUUAUUUUGCUUUACAAGCAGAGACCAUAUCUAUGAUAAAAAUAUUGAAUCUAUUAUACCUCUUGCAUUUCAGAGUGUACAUAAAAUGUAUAUAAAGUAAUAUUUAGAAGAUUCAAUAACAUGUGAUAUUUCUUCAAUUAAUACAGAUCAGCAAUUAUAAUAAAAUGAACAAGAUAAUGAAAAUGAUUCGAAUGAGGUAACACCAGAUAACUAAGCUCAAAAUUACUAAUUUAUACAAUCAAAAUAUUUAUCAGAGAAAUAAACAGGAAUAAAAAAUUAAAACUAUGAAUUAUAAAAUUGUAAAAUGAAUUAGUAGAUAAUAUUUGCAUCUUUAAACUAAAUGUUCAUCUUACCUAUUAAAAUAGACAUUAGGACAAAUGAAUACAAAGAGAAUGGAACGUUUGGAUUAGUAGCUAAAAUAAAAAAAAUAAACGAAGAAUACUAAUAUGCUCUAUUUAAUUAGACAGAUCUAAGUGUUAUAGGCCUCACUAAAUAAAUGCAUGAAAUAUUCUUUCCUAAUUGUAACAAUCUCUAAAAAAUUAAUUUGAGAUAAAUUUUCCCAUUUUUGAUUGGUACUUAAAAUAAAACAAAAAUUGAAGAUUCACAAGUUUAAAAUAACGAAACGAUUUGCAACGCUACUAAUAUAAAAAAUUAGUUUCAUGCAAAUCUAUAACAUGAUAUUAUACUUAGAGGAUAAUUAAAAAAUAAAUUAAAAAUUAAAAACAAAUUAUCGUUUAUAGUUAUAUAGCACUCAGAUGAAAUAAACAACACAUUAAACUCUUCAUGUAACAAUAUAAAAAGAUUAAAUAAAGCUAAAUUAUAGAAAGAAAUUCCAUCAUAUAGUUUUAAUUAUGUAGAAUUAUUUGUUCGAAAAUUAAAAUACAAAGGAGUAAACAAUGUGAGCUAUGUUGAAAUAAUAAAAAUAAGAUAACUUAAUCCUGCUAAAUAAGCUAAUAUAAUCCUUAAAGAAAUCACAAAAAAGAAAAAAUAAAAUAUUUAUUCUUAACUAUUUGAGAAUCCAAAUGAGCUUUAAAAUAUCAUUUCAGAUUUAGAAUUAAAUCAAAAUACUAAUAGCUACUUAUAAUUUAAUAGUUUUUAUACUUAACUUCAAAACAGUUGCAUAAAUUCUAAUUAAAGUAAUAAAUUACAACUAAUAAAAGAAAAUGAUACUGCUAUAGAUUUUGCAUAAGCUGAUUUUUAUAAAUAAUAAUAACUACUAAAUAAGUAGUAAACUUUAGGUGAUGAAAGCACAAACCUUGAAUAAAUUAAAAUGGUUUCAAAUAGAAUUGAAUACGAAGAUUUGAGUUAUUAAUCUGAUGGAGGUAGUAGUUUGGCUUUAAACAAAUUCAAAGAAUAGAAAGGAUUAUAAAAGUUGAAUAAAAAACUGCAACUUAACUAGUUGGAUUAGCUGCAAAAUAAUAUUGCAUAAGAAAAAACACUUAUUUAGUCAAUUUAAGGAAACUUAGUCAGUAAAAGUGAUUUGUAAAUUAAAGUAGAUUUUUUAAAUAAAAACAUGAAUUUUUAGAAUCUUUAAGAAGAUUAAUUUAAAACAAGUAGCUAUUAUGCCUUACCUAGUCCUGAAAAAUUAAAUAAAACAAUAGACCUGGAGCUAAAUUCUCUAAAUAACAGCUAUUACUUGAAUAUUAAUUCUAAUCAACAAUCAUUAGAUCUGCUUUCAGAUUAGAAUUUUAACAUUCAACAAAUGAAAUAAUAUGAAAUUAUUUAAAAUAAAACAUAAGAAAAUAUUUAUUUAGAUGUAGAAACUAGCAAUCGUGAAAUUAAUAAAAAAUAAAAUACUGCAAUCAGUCCUUUAAAAAUUAGUAAAAAUCCUAGUAUUUUUAAGUCGAACAGUUUUAGAAAAAAAAAAGUCAACAAUACUUUGAUUAAUGCUUUGAGUAACAGAGAGAAAAAACAAUUAUUGAAAAACCCUUAUCAAAAUAAUCAUCAUAAUAAGCUAUAUAAAAAUAAAAAUAUUAAAAAGUAGCAAGUUCAAGAUAUCCUUUAUGAUAUUGCUUCAAACAACUCUCAAAAUUCAUAUUAUACUCCAGUGAAGAGAUAAUUAGAGCAUAUUAUGGAAGACUAAUCAACUCAAAAAGUAAUAAAACUAAUAAAAAUGAUAGGUAUUAUUUGCUUCAGUAUUAUGAUAUGCAUCACUCUAAUACAAUUUAACUCGAUGCAAUAGUAUCUGUCAUAAGCUAAUUAAGAAUAUGAAGAUUUCAGCUGGCCAACAACUUAUUCUUCAUAUUUAAGUGACAUCCUUAAAUAUAAAAAUAUUUAAUUUCUUAUAAGUUAUGCAAACAUAAAUUUCCGAGACAGUAACUAAAAGCAACUUUUUUAUAAUAAAAUGCAAUAAAAUAUGGAGGAUACUUUUUUAGAUGUAUUAAGAUUGUUAGCUUAAAUGGAAUUGGCUUACUCAAAAAGAGAAAUGUUUACUAGAAUAUUAGAAAAUAAAAUUGUUUAUUAUUUUGGGUAAUUGUAUAAUCCAUAAUUGCUUAACUCAAUUACAUCUGAUACGCAGUUAAUAAGCAUAAAUUAUCCUACUAACUUACAAUAUAGCAUGCUUUUAAAUGUUGUAUUGCGAUCAUAAUACCAUUAUAUUAUCAUAUUCAAAAAGAAAGAGAUUCUAUAAUUUACCUAUUUACUACAUUUCCAAUUUACAAGUUAGAUAAUUUGA